AUGAAGCAACUAUCUUGGCCAAAUACAAUUCGAUUGACAUUAGCUAUUCAAUAUUCCAGUGAAUUAAUCCUUUUAUUUCAACGCAAUGCUUUGCCUGCUAUCGAAUAUCUAAAUAUUACUAUCGAGAAUACGCAUACAACUUCGUUUUCAAGUGUAAAUACACCCUUAUCCAAGCGACAACUUUCACAAGCUUCUCUACGAGAAACAGCCACUCAUCUGAGAUUUCUCUUAUUGCGGUAUAUAUCUCUGAGUGAGUUUAUCGCGUUAAUUGGCUCGGUAAACAUGCCUGCGCUUGAAGAACUGACACUGGUUGAUAUGUAUGAUGAUACUUUGGAUCGCAUUUCUCAAUUCCAAGAACUUUGUUCGUCGCCGAAGUUUUUUGCUUUGAAAAAUCUUCAUUUCUCAUUAUACUUCCCUCAAGAGAUCGAACAUACCUGGAAAAUGAGUUCAUUCAAUUACAAUCAUCAAUGGCCAUUUCAUAAUAUUAGUUCUUACACUGACGAGUAUUAUAUACUGGAUAUCGAUAAACGCUAUUUUAUCCCGAAGGUGGUAUUUGUCAUUCACAACUGUUCGAUAGAUCUUCUCCUUCAUCACAAACGAUAUUUUCAUAAUUCUUCUUUCGCAACACAUGCAUCUGCUCCCGUUCGAACAGUCCGACCACGUUUGGUACAGUGGGUGUGUGACCAAGAAUAUGAUGCUGGAAAAUUCAGAAAAGCCCUACAAAUAAUUACAAGUGGCCACGUUCGUGAACUUCGUCUAACAUAUUUAAACAAAGGAACAAAUACAUCAAUGAUACCAAGCUGUGAUGUACAUUGGAAUCUACUCCUCAGUCAUAUACGAUCAGUUAUAUUCAAAAUCGAUACAAAUUCAAUUCCACAAUACCAACGAACAUUCAUGGUCGAACAGAUUCUGGAUGCAUCACCGAAUCUGUCAUCUCUGCAAGUGGCAUGGACAGAUUUUUGUCAUUGUUCACGAAAAUAUCCCAAUCUGAAACACGUGCACAUCUUGUUAAGUGGAGUGCCCAUAAAGCGUGAACCUUAUUUUGAUACUGACCGGUUGAAUGAGUUAGUACCUCAUCUGUCUGUACUCGAAACGGGUGACGCACUUCUGAUGUUGAAUGGACAUUUGAUUGAGUUUAUUUUGAGCAUUGGCCAUCGAUUUGAUCAGUUGGUGUAUUUGACAGUGAACAAAAAUAGUAAAGGUCAAACGGGAUACGCAAGAAAACUGGUGUUCUGGAAAAAACUAAUUGCGGUUACUCAGGAACAACUACUUCAUGGUCACAAGGUGCAUUGUGGGUACCGUGUCGAUGAGAAUGCAGCUAAUAAUUCAACUGACAUAACUCAAACAACGAUCACUUUAUCUUCAUCAUCGUCAGCAUCAUCCGUUCUCAGCUUUGAUGAUCAAACAACGAAAAUGAUGAUGGAUAUUCUAUGCAUUCACUUGACGAUAUUGAACAACACUGGCGUAUGUGUGAAUUGA